CAGGAACAUUAGUUACAUUCCCACGAACCCAGUCUCUGUUUCUGUCCUUUUUUCUCUUUAUCCAUGCGCGUUGUGGAGGAUAGACAAAAUGCACUAAGUUCAGAUCUAGUCUCCGACACCCAUUGCAUAGAGCAGCUUCCAUAACACUGCUCAGAACAUUGUACGGAUCCGCGUCUAGAACAGAAUACUAUAUCACAUCGUUGUGGUAAUAAACAACUGGAUCAUGUCGCGGAGACCGGCGAAUCUGUCUCGGCGAUUCGGAGACAGUGGAGGUGGCUUGUUUUCAUCUGCGAAAUCAAGGUCUUCGCCGGUUUUGUCAGUUGGGCUUAUAAUCGUGGGAGGCCUGUUUCUCAUUGCCUAUGUGUACAAGGGCUCAGGUGGAUUUGGCAGCCGUUUGGAGUCUGUCAGCAGGGUUGAAGGUGAUUAUUUGUGUACCGGAGAGGUCCAACGUGCAAUUCCCGUUUUGCAGAAAACAUACGGUGAUAGCUUACAUAAAGUUUUGCACGUUGGUCCUGAUACUUGCUAUGUGGUCUCUAAAUUGCUAAAGGAGGAGGAAACUGAAGCCUGGGGUAUAGAACCUUAUGAUAUAGAGGAUGCUGAUGGUAAUUGCAAAGCACUUAUCCGCAAAGGCAUUGUCCGUAUGGCUGAUAUCAAGUUUCCUCUUCCAUACAGGCCAAAAUCUUUCUCUCUCGUAAUUGUUUCGGAUGCCCUUGAUUACUUAUCUCCCAGAUACCUUAACAAAACUCUUCCGGAUUUGGCCAGGGUAUCAACUGAUGGAAUAGUGAUAUUUACUGGUUUUCCAGAUAAUCAAAAGGCUAAGGUUGCAGAUGUUUCUAAAUUUGGAAGAGAGGCUAAGAUGAGGAGUUCAUCCUGGUGGGUGCGGUAUUUCCUUCAGAUUAACUUAGAGGAGAAUGAAGCUGCUUCCAAAAAGUUUGCACAGGCUUCAACCAAGAGUUCAUACGUUCCAAGAUGCCAGAUAUUCCACGUGAACUCUCUCCAUUGACGUUCAGGGUGAUUACGUUUGUAUCAUUGAAGCUCCCAAUGGCUGCUUACCCCUUUGUUUUCAUCUAGAACGCUCUCUUCUAUAUAGGUAAUUUAUUUUAUCAAAUUCUAUUCACCAUAAUUGGUGUAUCUGUUUGUUGCUGACUAAAAUAGAUUUAUAUUCUUUGACAUACCAUCUCCUGGCGGUAAAGGAUAUGAGUUCGGUAUUUAACUAAUUUAUCAGUUGAAUAGGUUACUUUAAGUGCAGUUGCAGUGAUUGUUGUACUUAAAUCCUUUGUCCUUGGGAUAUAAAUUGAAUCUAAUUAUAUAUGCUGGAAUAAUCUGGUGAACUGAUGAAUGAACAUAUUUGUUUUUACUCUAGCAA